UAUAUUUUUGAAUUGAUCAUGGUGUCGUCAUCUUACAAUACUACUUUGACUUUUGACAUAUGUGCAUCUCUUUGUUUGAUAGAGUUGUAACUUUUAAAAAAGUAUAUUGAACGGUAACGACAAGAGGUUAUGAUAGAUAAAAAUAUACGAUAAAUUUUAUCGAGAAUUUCCUCGACUCGUUAAGAUUAGUCCACUAAAGUAAAAACGUAGUAUGGUCAGUUUUUUAAGAACGAACCUUUAAGUCGAGUUCCUUUUCCGUUAUUGUUGUUUUUUUUUUUUCCAGUUUCAACACACGAUGUCUUGGUUUUUUGGCAAAAAGAAACAUCAGAAGGAAUCGCCAGUUGAAUCGACUGAAGAUCUUACAUCUACUAGCAUAGAAAAUGAAUUUGAAAAUGUUGAAAGACAAAUGUAUCCUGUACCUCAAAAUUCUCAGGAUGGAAUACCUUAUCCUGGUGGUGGCCUAUAUCCACUCAUAAAUGACGCUUCAACUUAUCCUACACUACCUACAAAUUCAGCUAAACAAAAUCAGCAAGGGGAUAUGCAACAUUAUUUAAGUGGAGUACCAUUCAAAUUAUGUAAACAAUUGGAGAGUAAUAUGAAUGAUUUUGAGAUUGAUAGGUUACGUGCAAAUGAAAUUUUAUCUUUUAUCCAAAGAAUAGAGGAGCAAAAUUUAGAUUAUGAUUUUUCACAUGAAAAGAGUGUCAUUACGGAAAUGAAUAGCACUAGUGAUGAGUAAUCAAUAAAUGUUAUCUAAAUAUUUAUAGGCAAAAAGCGAUUUCGUUUUCUAAAUAUAUAUAUGAAACAGA